AUGGAGAAGCUGAGGAGGGGGAUGGCUCUUCACAUCCAUGAAGCCUGGAUACUUCUGUUUGUAAUCCCUGCUUUGGUCACUCCAGCUGCCAUCAAUCAUGAAGACUACCCCGCCGAUGAAGGGGACCAGACCUCCAGUAAUGACAAUCUGAUCUUUGAUGACUACCGAGGGAAGGGCUGUGUGGAUGACAGUGGCUUUGUGUACAAACUGGGGGAACGUUUUUUCCCGGGACAUUCCAACUGUCCCUGUGUCUGUACUGAGGAUGGACCUGUUUGCGAUCAACCAGAAUGCCCUAAGAUCCACCCAAAGUGUACAAAAGUGGAACACAAUGGAUGCUGUCCAGAAUGCAAAGAAGUGAAAAAUUUUUGUGAAUAUCAUGGGAAAAAUUACAAAAUCUUGGAGGAAUUUAAGCCCUCGCCAUGCGAAUGGUGUCGCUGCGAGCCCAGCAAUGAAGUUCACUGUGUUGUAGCAGACUGCGCAGUUCCCGAGUGUGUCAACCCAGUCUAUGAACCAGAACAGUGUUGUCCUGUCUGCAAAAAUGGUCCAAACUGCUUUGCAGGAACCACGAUAAUUCCCGCCGGCAUCGAAGUGAAGGUGGACGACUGCAACAUCUGCCACUGCCACAACGGGGACUGGUGGAAGCCAGCGCAGUGCUCCAAGCGCGAGUGCCAGGGCAAGCAGGCUCUGUAG